GGUAUGAUGGCUAUCUAAACUUCCGGUUUUAUUUUGUUAUUCAAGGCUGUUCAACAUUUUCAAUUACAACCAUGCGGAAAAUGACUUUCUAGCCACGAAAGCCUUUUCUUUUUCAUUUAAUUUGAUAGCAGUGUUCCAGUGAAUGGAAAUUUAAUUAAGUUGUGCAGCGGAUGUCUUCAGACGAGGGAGCACCAUGGGGACUCCCAGUAUCCAAGCCUGGCACCAAGCCGGAGCGAUGCCUUCUAGGCAGGCGAGAAAUGCUCCUACCUGAAGCAAUGAUUGAACAGUCCCACAUCUUCAAUGAAGUAGUAAGUAAGGAGACCUGGCAGAACCAGCUGACUAGUGAACAACGAGAACAUCUGUUGACUUUAUUGCCAAGCUUCUCUGAAAAUGACAGGAAAGAGAAAGAAGAAACCCUUGCUGGUCUUUUUGAGGGUGAUAACUUCAAGUUUGGAAAUCCAUUGAAAGAGUUCCAUACGAAGCUGAGAGAUGGAUUUUACUCUCCAGACAUUGCCAAGUACACUAACUUGUGUCGGACGGUCAAAUACAGGGAGUAUAAACAUCGACAGCAAACAUACUACUCGAACCUUCUCAAGGAAAUCCUUCUCUCAAGACAGAAAGUAUUUGAACAAAUGAAGAAGAUUCCACCAGAUGGCCAUGUGACAAUGGAGUACACCACUCCCCCACCACCACUCAGGGAACGCACUAUAGAACACAAAGUCAGGAAAAAAUAUGUCAGGCUGAUGAAGGAAGUGAGGGAGGAGUGUGGGGUGGAGGACACCUCAUCAGAGGAAGAUGAGCAUGACAGCCCAGCCCAGAGAGGUAAAAAACAGUUGUUUAAAUCCUUGUGUCCCAUUCCUUCACCUGAACCUACCAUCCCCAGCGUAGUUGCCACCUUCUCUGCAAAGCCUACUGUUAAUGGAGAUGUUACAGGGGAAGUUUUACCACAAUCAAAACGGCAACGGCCGUUUAGCCCAGUAGAGAUAUCAGAGGAAGAUUAUCUGCUAAUGUUAAAAAAUCACAAAAAGAAAAAGUUGGAAGCUGAGGAAUACCCAGAACUGAAUACACAGAACAUCACUAUGCAAGACAUCAUGGCGAGGUGUCAGGCCAGUAGGAAAACACCAAAGGCACAACCAACGCCAGAAAAUUCAUCAUUAUCAUUAGCUAAGAAAAAGAAGAUAAGAUUAAAAGAAAAAACUGACAGAAAGCUAAAGAAAGUAAUGAAGAUAAAACAAGAAAAUGUGAAGAUAAAAUCAGAGCCUGGCUAUAAUGAAGAAGGAUCCGCCCUGGGGAUGAAUGACAGUUUCCUCAAGGGUGAGGAUGAUGGGGUACCAGAUUUCCCCCUCCCUGAUACCUGUCCUACCAGACUUUCCUUCGGUCAGCACAAUAACUUCUUCAGCCUCAUUAAGGACCUACUCACAGAGUUUCAGGACGGAAAGUUUACCACAGCUAAUUUGGAGGAAAAAGUGCGAGAGUGGCAGGAAGCACCAACUAGCUCACUCAACUCCUGGUUCAGUCUUCAGACAAAUUGGGUGGACAGUGUCAUGUCCACGCUCAAAUUUUUAGCCGGAGACCUUGUAGGUGCCACACCCGAUAACUUUGUUCCAUUCGUGGACUACAAGGAGAGAGCUCAGCAGUGGCGCUGGAUUGGUGUCGGCCGUGACUCAGAUGAAACUCUCCUGGAACUUUUUAAAUACUGGUGUUCAAAUAAGAAGGAGUCCUCCUCUGACCUCAAUGACAGUGGUCAAGGAUCACCUCCACCUCCUCGAAGUUGGACUUCAUUUGUGGUACGGGCAACAUCAGACGAGGAAAAGGGUACAUUUAGGGAACAGGAAAAGAGACGGUUUGAGAACCCUCAUAAAGCCUUUACAUACAAAAUGCAUGGCUACGAGUCAGUUGUUGGGCCAGUAAAGGGAGUCUACAGCAAGGAGAACGCCAUGAACAAAGCAAGAGAGCAUGCAUUGUUAAUCUCUAACAGGCCUUCCUUUGUUACCAUUCUUACAUUAGUUCGAGAUGCUGCAGCACGAUUACCCAAUGGAGAGGGAACACGUGGUGAUAUUUGUGAGCUGCUGAAAGAUUCUCAGUUUUUAGCUCCUGGAGUGUCAGAUGCACAGAUAAAUGUGGUGGUUAGUGGAGCUCUAGACAGACUUCACUCGGAGAAGGACCCUUGUGUCAAGUAUGAUGUCAACAGGAAGCUUUGGAUCUACCUCCACAGGAGUCGUGCAGAGGAGGAGUUUGAACGGAUACACCAAGCACAUGCUGCAGCUCAGAAAGCCAGGAAAUCGCUACAGAAGCCCAAAACUCAGAAAACACAAAAAGUGAAGGAGUUGACAAGCCAGACCCCGCCAACUCCUAGUCUGACCUCGGCCAGUAGUCCACGCCUCACUCAAUCCCUCAGUGCCAGUACAGAGAGUCUUAAUGCUCUAGACAGCAGUCACACUCCUUCCAGUCCGGUUGUUACGGGCAGCCCCACUUCUAAGGGCACUCCUAGCAGCCCUGUCGUAGGACAGAUCAGCCCCCGUGCUACAGGGAGUCCUCGUGCGACCUCCACACUGGCCUCCACAAUGAACAAGUCUGGGGCUGCUGCCAACCUCCUGUCUAGUGGGAGUGGUUUAUCAUCCAUGUCUGGUGCCACUAUCAGGUUCCAGAUACAACAGUUACAGCAACAACAGCAGCAACAGCAACAACAACAGCAGUUACAGCAUACAGGAAGUCUUCCUGGGACACCCACUAAAGGUAUGUCCCCAGGAAGCAACAGGUCUCCCUCUGUUAACGUUUCCACAGCCUUGCAGCAGUCGCGGCCAGACACACCAACUGGAGUCUCAAAGACGCUAAAUCUACAUAACGUGCGAGCCACUCUGAUGGGCUCAAACCCGCAGGGAAGCCCUGCAUUGGCUCAAAGUCUUGGACAACAGAUCUGCCCAGAGCUGUUUAUACAAGGGUCACGGGGUGGCACUCCUAGUAACUCCCCAGCCCACACUCCCACCCCUACCCAAACCUCAACCUUGGUCACCAAGAAAACCACCACAGUAGCUACUACUGCCUCCGGACUUCAGACAAUGAUAGAUGCAAGCAAUACCACAUCAACAGUGCCAUCAUCUGGUGUAGGGACACCUUUGGUGGCACGCUUAGUUGCUGGAAACCAAAUGGUUUCUGUGAGUAACCUGUUAGCGGCACAGAGGGCACAGGCCCAAUCUCCUCGAGCUAGUACUACUAUUAAAAUACAAGGCAGCAACAUGGUACAUCAGGUGGCAGGAGGAAAGCCUGUACAAUUCACAGGAAAGCCCCGUGGCCAGCUGGUGCAGAUAGGGGGCAAAGGUCAACAGCAGAUCCAGGGCCUGUUACAAACCCAGCAGGGCGCUCUUCCAACCAUAAGCAUAAUAUCACAGGGCAGCGGAGGAGGGGUGAUGACCCUCGCACAGCCUCGGACGCCCACAGCUACCUCAGAGUCAUCAGUGGGAAGUCCUACUACACAUGCAGUCACUACUAACUCACGCCUCACCAACACCUCGGUGGUUAAUACAGCCACACCCGCUGGCUCUCAGGCAAUGGUGCAGAUGGUCAAUCAACCUAAAGUAGUCACACCAGGACAGGGUGGCAUUGUGGUUACUCAACUUCCUCAUGGCAGCAUCACCUUGCGUCCCGGGGGCAUGCCUGCAUCCACGCAAGCCAAAGUGGUAACUGCAGGCCAAGCCGGUUUGUUACCUCAGUUUAUUGUCCAACAGUCAUCAGGCGGACUUACCAGUAACAAUGCAACACUCACUCCAAGUUUUUCUGGUGGAAAGCCAUUGCAGAUCAUGAGUGGGGGGAGUCCAAAGCAGGGUCAGAACAUUCAAGUGGUGAGGACUGUUCUGGGCCAGCAGGGUGGACUUAAGCCUGGCCAGGCAACUAUCCUCAUCUCCCAGCCCCAGAUCCCUGAUAACCAGGCCACGCAGGCCACAGUACUGCCCUCGGGACAGAUCAUACCUAACCCAACCAAGGCCCAAGCCAAGGGGUCACAGAAGGGCAAGGGUCAGUCUGGUGCUGUAUAUGCCCGUAUAAUAGCCCCUCCCCCUGGACUGAAACUUGCUGGCGGGCAGGGGAUUCCUGCCCAGGGUGUCGGAAUGUUACAGACUGUUAACAAACUAAACAUGGUACAAGCGGCAGGUCGUGGGUCAGUCUCCAUGACCCCUGUUGGGGACACUAGUCCACGCACUUUGGCAGCCACUGCCUUAUCUACUAGCUCAACUGAAGUGCCCAACUCUGAUGCCAAGUCAUGACAGAGAUGAAUGUCUGUAGUCGAUUCAGUGUGUUCCUUAUCAUCAGGAGUUAUUUUUCAAAUACACAUCUUUUUGUAAACUAUGGAAUACAUUUAUGAAAUAAAUAUCUCAGACUUGAUAAAAAAGUUUGACAUGAGUAAGUUAAA